AUGGCUGAGGCAGCAGAUAUGGGUAGCAGAGAAAGUAGAUGGAGUCUUCAAGGAAUGACAGCUCUUGUCAUCGGCGGAACAAAAGGAAUAGGGCAUGCUAUUGUGGAGGAACUUGCAGGCUUAGGGGCGACUGUACAUACAUGCUCUCAAAACGAGGCGGACCUGAAUAAAUGUUUAAGUGAGUGGAGAAAGAAGGGCUUCCAAGUCAUGGGUUCAGUGUGCGAUGCAUUUUCUCCAGCUAAACGAGAGAAGCUAAUAACCACUGUCUCCUCCAUCUUUAAUGGAAAACUCAACAUCCUUAUUAACAAUGUUGGGACAAACAUAUUGAAACCGACCAUAGAGUACACAGCUGAAGAUUUCUCGUUUAUCAUGACCACAAAUUUUGAAUCUCCUUACCAUUGGAGCCAACUUUCAUAUCCUCUUCUAAAAGCUUCAUCAGCAGGAAGCAUUGUAUUUGUGUCUUCAGUCUGUGGUGUUGUGUCAGUGACUUGCGGAUCCAUAUAUGCAGCAACUAAAGGGGCAAUGAAUCAGCUAACAAGAAGUUUAGCAUGCGAGUGGGCAAAAGAUAAUAUAAGGACUAAUUCUGUUGCACCAUGGUUUAUCUGGACCCCCCUUACUAAACCCUAUCUUGCUGAUGAAAACUUCUUGGAGGCUAUUAUCUCUCCAACACCAAUGGGACGCGUUGGAGAGCCAAAAGAAGUGUCAUCCUUGGUGGCAUUCCUAUGCCUUCCGGCGGCCUCUUACAUAACCGGGCAGACUAUCUGCGUCGACGGAGGGAUGACAGUGAAUGGCUUAUUGUUCCCAUAACCAUACCAUGUAUAUGGUUCAAAAUUAGAGUAAACAAAUGCCA